GCUGUAACUACUGACAAUGAUCCUUCAUUUUGCAGCGGGACAAGCCUCUACCGAAGACGAUUUGAUGCCAACAUGUAAGCGUGGGAUGACCGACGAACAAGACUGAAGACACAAUUCUCCCAGCGUCAGGGCGAGAGCUCUCAUAUACGUCGAUACGCAUGUUAUUCCAAUAAAAGAGGUCUACAGUCGGUACAGGAGCGUCCUACGCAAACCCAGCUAUCAACAAGAGAAACAUAAACCAACUGGGCCCGGAUAACAUUGACUAGUCCGCUCAUGACAGAGCACAGACAAUCGGCAUAAUGUCAGACAUUCCGCAUAUCUCCAACUGGGUAGACGGCGUCCAUGAAGCAUCGUCCUCUGAGAAGAUAUCAGUGGUCAAUCCAGCUAAUGGGCAGAUCAUUGCAACCAUUGAUGCCACGACGCAAGACAACGUCAAUGAUAUUGUACGGAAAUCUGUGUCGACCUUCAAAGACGGACCUUGGGCACGUGCAGACGCAUCAGAACGAUAUGCGGUUCUGUCCAAGGCUGCGACGCUCCUCCGAGCGCGAAUACCCGAGUUUAUCGAACUGGAAACCCGCCAAACAGGACGUCCGAUCCGUGAAAUGCGAGCGCAGUUAGCCAGGGUGCCGGAAUGGUUAGAGUAUUUCGCAUCCGUCGCACGUGUCUACGAGGGUCGAGUCACGCCGUUCAAAGGGCCAGUAAUCAACACUCUUACCAGGCUUCCGCUCGGUGUUGUUGCUCAAAUCACUCCCUGGAACCAUCCCCUCUUGAUCGCGAUGAAGAAGAUUGCUGCAGCACUCGCUGCAGGCAAUGUGGUUAUCGUCAAGCCUUCAGAACUUGCUCCACUAUCUGUUCUGAAAAUGGGAGAGCUGUUGAAAGAGGCAGGGUUGCCAGAUGGUGUCUUGCAAAUAAUCUCAGGCUACGGUCGUGAAACGGGGAAGUUCCUAUGUGAGAGCCCACUUCUGGCCAAGAUCGAUCUGACGGGAGGCAUAUUGACGUACAGGGCGAUCGCCCCAAUUGCUGCAUUGAAUAUGGUCCCCAUGACAGCUGAGUUGGGGGGUAAGGCGCCUGUUUGCUUGUUUCCCAGUCUCGAUGUCGAACAGGCGGUAAAGGCGGCCCUUUUUGCGAGUUUCAUUGCCAGUGGUCAAACUUGCGUCACAGGAAGCAGACUGCUCGUGCAUAAGGAUAUCUACACCGACUUUAUGCAACUGAUGGAAAGGAGAGUUAAGGAGUUGAGAUUGGGCGAUCCACAAGACUCCCGCACACAGAUUGGGGCGGUGAUAAACAAGGCCUCCGUCGAAAGAUGCUCGGCGUUCGUGGAGAGGGCGAGUAAUGAUGGAGGCAAAGUGAUCUGUGGUGGGAAACCGGCAACAGUCGAAGGCAAAGGCUUCUUCUUCGAACCUACCAUUAUCGAAACGAAUGCGGGUGCAGACGUAGCCUGCAACGAGGUUUUUGGUCCUAUCAUUGCCGUCAUCAAGUGCGAGUCGGAAGAUGAGAUCAUCCGCAUUGCGAACGAUGAUACUGCCUACGCCUUGGGUGCUUCCGUCUGGACCAACGACUUCAAUCAGGCUCAUCGGGUCGCUGCUAAGAUAGAAGCAGGUAUCGUCUGGGUCAACGGACAUCAUUUGAACGAUCCUUCUUCGCCUUGGGGUGGUUUUAAGGAGAGUGGCGUGGGGAAGGAGAAUGGACAGGAAGCUUUCGAGAGCUAUACGAAGCUGAAGAGCACUGUGAUCAACUACGGCAUACAGCCGACAUGGUUUGAUCCUGAGACACUCAACGCGCGAUAUGGGUAGUCAAUCUCAGUCUCAACGAUGGAAGACUGGACAUAGAGCUAGAAUAGCACGAGUGGCUGCCUCCUAGAGUCUGGUAUGACCGGCGCGAGCCAGUACCUUGAUCUAUACACAUAGCCGGUUCCACGACAAGCAGACGUGGGCUCUGUCACAAAAGGAGGUGAACGUGCGGAGGGUGUAAAGCGGCGCUGCGAUCCGAUAAGCACUCCGAUAAGAUAAGAAAAUAUAUUCC